AUGUGUUGCAACUACUUUGGAAACUCCUGUGGGAGCUACGGCUGUGGCCUUGGCUAUGGCUAUGGCUGUGGCUAUGGCUCCCGUUAUGGCUGUGGCUAUGGUUCCAGAUAUGGCUGUGGCUACGGUUCUGGAUAUGGCUGUGGCUACGGUUCCGGAUAUGGCUGUGGCUAUGGUUCCGGAUAUGGCUGUGGCUAUGGUUCUGGAUAUGGCUGUGGCUACGGUUCCGGAUAUGGCUGUGGCUAUGGUUCCGGAUAUGGCUGUGGUUAUGGUUCUGGAUAUGGCUGUGGCUAUGGUUCCGGAUAUGGCUGUGGUUACGGUUCUGGAUAUGGCUGUGGCUACGGUUCCGGAUGUGGGGCUUCCUGGUGUAGCUACAGACCAAUUGUUUACAGGAGUUGCUAUUCUUCCUGUUGCUAA